GCCGGGCUGAUGUGGAGACAUCUCUCCAGCUCCCAGCAGGAACCAGUGGCUACAGCACCACGGAUAUGGGAUCCUGAUCUGCGUGUGGAGUUCUCCACCGAACCUGCCGCGAAAAGUGUCAUUCGAAAGUUCGAUGGCUACAACAUGGCAAGAGGCGGCCGGGACGAUGCAGUAUACAUGAAUCCGGAUCUCUUCUACGAGUCCGUUGGCUUCGGCAACUGGCGGACGCCACAUGGCUGGGCGAAAGGUGAGGAGUGGAACUAUGGCAUGGCUUUUCCCGAGACAGUUUUUACCCAGAUGUUGUUCUUCGGCGAUGACCAGGUGGCAACGACCACAACCUAUGGUAGCGCCCUGUGGAAAGGGGAGCUCUUUGGCGUCAAAGGCCCGGACCAAUGGGUGAACCUGAGGAUCACCGACUUUUACGACAUACCGAAGGACGAUACUGGACGGCACAG